AUGCUGAAUCUACAAUUGGUCAGUUACUUGAUUGACAACCAAAUCGCCUUGUUGUCGUAUCCUGUUUGCGGACGACUCACCGAUAUUCAUUGUCUUUACUCUCUUUACUCUACAAAAUAUUCGGAGUGUCACUCGCCACCGCUUACGUUCCCAGAGUUUAUUAAGGAUAUAAAAGAUCUGGCUCGAACUUGUCCUGGCUGCGUGAAUUAUACAUCCACUCAAGAAAUUUCUUCUGAGCUGGGUGGCAAUUUCUCCCUCGAAUUUAUUGAUGUUGGAAUGCUCAAGAUACUCUAUAAUCUUUUUAGACCGGGCGGCUACAGUGUGGAAGAGGGGCAAAGGGCAAAACAAGAAUUAGGCGAGACGCCUCGGACACGACUUCUUCAACUGUUGGAUGAAGAUGAUUAUGUGAUAUCAAAUAAGGGAUAUCUGCUGUCGUUAGAAAACCUCCUAAACAUAUGCCCUGCGUCCCGCGAGUUGUCGCGUGAAUGUGCGAAAGUAACCACAGCAUUGUCUAAUUAUAUUCCUGUUUGUGGAAAUAAGUCGCACGCCACUAUUCUUGCUAGUGGAUCACAAAUUGUGGGAAACAAUCUGAUAUCUAUCCAGUGGCAAAAGCUUCGUUGUUCGGAAGACCAACGUCAAGUGAUUGAAAACUGCGUGAACAGCCGAAUUCAUUACAUUCCCAAUAUCAAGCCGCAAACUGACUUAAACCUGGGUGAUUGCUCCUAUCUUGAUACUUGCCAUAAACUCAAUUCAUGCAGAUAUGCACACUAUGUGGAGUAUAUCCCAGAUAUUACAGUACAAGAAGCGCUAAAGAACACCGACAAGCUUAAUAGGAACAAACAUGAGAACCUGAAAACGUGUUUUUACACACACGGCUAUAGUUGUACUGUUGGUUCAAAAUCCCAAAUUCCUCCGCAGUGGAUUAAGUGUGAUGUAAGGAAAUUUGAUUUCAGUGUGCUGGGUAAGUUCUCUGUCGUUAUAGCUGACCCCGCGUGGAACAUUCACAUGAAUCUACCAUACGGUACUUGUAAUGACUCUGAGUUAUUUCAACUUCCACUUGAUACUCUUCAAGAGGAAGGUAUUAUAUUCCUGUGGGUUACUGGCCGCGCAGUUGAGGUAGGCAAAGAUUCGCUACAAAAAUGGGGUUACACGGUUAGUAAUGAAAUCGCGUGGAUAAAAACCAACCAGCUGGGUCGCACCAUAGUAACUGGUCGCACAGGCCAUUGGUUAAAUCAUUCGAAGGAGCAUCUUCUUGUGGGAAUAAAGGGAAAUCCUUCUUGGUUAAACAAGCAAAUCGAUGUCGAUCUCAUUGUUUCUCCGACUAGGGAAACAAGUAGGAAGCCUGACGAGUUAUAUGGAAUGAUUGAGCGUAUCGUAGGCCCCCACUCGAGAAAGCUAGAAAUCUUUGGCCGCGACCACAAUACGCGACCUGGAUGGUUCACCAUAGGAAAUCAACUGGACGGUCACUCUAUACAUGAACCUGACGUGAAAAAGCGGUACGAGAAAUUUGUGGGAGGAGAGUGCAAAACAGCCAAGUUCAUGCACUCGACCAAACCAGGGAGUUCCACGUUUGGGAAGAUCUGUUCAUGGAAGAAUUGUUGA